AUGAAGGAAGCCUCUGAGUCGAGCCAAAAAGUCACAGGACGUCACCUAAAGAGCAAUACCCCUACCCAAAAAGAUGAUGCACAGCUGAAGGGCAGUGGAAGCAAUACGGAUGGUACCGCCCCGCCAAUUUCGGAUAAUGGAAGUGACGCAGCUACGACUCACGCCAGAGUCCCCAGUCAUCCGCGCAAAAAGUGGCCCCCUCCAGCCCCAGAAACACCGAACACAACCCCUAAAUACCCAGACGGGAUCCAGUUUGACGGCCGAGGAGCGAAGGCCUUCAAUGCGAUGUUGAGCGGUAGGACAGGAACCACAAUCCACUCAUAUGGCUGGAGUCGCCCACUGAGGAGGAACAGUUCCAGCAGCAAAAAUGACGCCACCGAGACGAAACCCGCGCGGUAAGAAGUACCAAUCGACUUAGCAGUAGUAAUGCAACGGUGGGACAAUUACCCAGGAAUGAAUCACCUGAAAUUCUAUUGGGAAUAGCAGUUUUUUGAGAUCAAGAUUGGACAAAGUUGGAAUGAAGUUGGGCCAGAAUGGUAUAACACUUGUUUAUCCUCAGAUUUUUAUUGAAGCUAAUAGUUUGGAAUUUCUAAUUAUUACAAAUCGCUAUUCUUGUCUACAAUGUUCGUUGCACGCGUUUAUUGCAACUUGAAAUUUCAAAGCAGUUUAGCAAAGCUCUGUGAGGUGGAUGAAUAUCA